UGCUUAGCUCCUCCCCUCCUCCUUCCUGGUCAUCCUGUCACAUGCCUGUUGUUAGACGCCGUGUGAGUGUUUGUACUUGGAGUUGGAUGAGAAAGUCUCUGACAUGCAGCAAGUCCUGCCCCUGUGUCACUUGCAUUGUGCUUCUUACAGCAGGAGCACUAAUUACUUACUACCAGCUGUGCUGUGCAGCUCCCCCGAGUAUAACUAUGGACAGGAGGAGACAUGGUCCAUGGAGUGACAAUAUUUUGGACUAUUUCUUGAGCAAAGGUCUCAUAAAAGCCAAAGAUGGAAGCGAGAUAGUCUGGGACCAUGCGGUAAACAGCCAGGAGAAGUUACGUGAAGCCUUGCAGAGUGAUGUCCAUAUGAUAGAGGCGGAUGUCCUCCUUCGCGGGUCAGCUGACAGGGAGCCAAUCAUGGCGCAUCCUCCUGAAACUGACAGUGACAUAACUCUAAAGGAUUGGCUGGCUGCUGUCUCUGCAUCUAAUAAAGGCAUAAAGCUUGAUUUUAAAAGAUGGUGGACCUUUAUUCCCUGGGAUCGCUGUAGUUUCCUGAAAACAAACACCAGUGUAUGUUUGGAUGCUGUGUCGCCCUCCAUGAAGAUCUUGGAUACGAUGAAAAAUAAAAUUGAGCAACCUGUUUGGAUAAAUGCUGAUAUACUCGCGGGUCCUGGAGGAAUUGCCAAGGCCGUGGAUGCCGGAGAAUUUAUGCAGAUGGUUACUUCAUCUUUCCCAGAUGUGACUUUAUCAUUGGGUUGGACGACUGGAUGGCAUCCCCAAAAAAAUAACAAAGGAACUGGUCUAGAAGCACCUCCAUCAUCGUCUGGGACAAAACAGCAACUCGCAACUGUGUCUCUGUAAUGUGUUAUCUAGUUUAAGGGAGGGAACUUUAUCAUUCAUGAUGAGUCACUGGUUUGUUCGUAUGCUAAACAGGUUCAGCCUUGAAGACAUCAAAAGGGGCUGACCUGAGUUUCCUGUCCACCACCUGUUUCUGUAAAUGUCUAUUGUCCUAAUAAGAGUGAUUUUAGCUUUCAUACAUUUAAUCAUAACUAUUUGUUGCAAUGUCCUACAACUUAAUAACAAGUAUCAAAUUAAUCUACACAUUAAUCUUCUUGCUUUAAUACCAAAUAUGACAGGUCUAUCUUUCUUCGUUCCAAUAAUACACAUAC